AUGGUUACUGGGCUACUAAGGAUGUCAAGCCAGCAGGUGCUUCCCAAUGCCGUCACCUGCAGCAGCGCCUUGUGUGGGUGUCAAGGGCGCUGGCUGUUGGCUCUGGACCUUCUGGAAGCAUCAGAGCGUUGGGGCAUCUCUCUUGACAUCGUCUCCUACGGGAGUGCCAUGGGCGCCUGUUCGGAAGCCUGGGAACAGGCUCUGAGUCUUCAGCAGUCGUUGCGCGAAAUGCAGCUGCCUUCAAACAUCAUCAGCUACAGCGCCUUGCUCGAGUCCUAUGGCGAGUGGUCAGAGUGGUCUCAGGGUUUGAGCACCCUGCACACUCUUAAGCUCACAGCCACUCUCCCAGACAUGGUCGCCAUGACAUCCGCCAUGCAUGCCUGCGAAGGCCACGGGCGUUGGAGGCACGCGCUCCAGCUUUCCUGCGGCCUGGCGCAGGCGGGAAUCGAGCGAGACCUGCAGAGCUGCGCUGCGGCCUGCGCCGGCAUCCCAUCUUGGGCAAAGGCCUUGCUGGUCCUUCAGCAGGUGGCCGACCUGGAAGAGGCCGAUCCGGCGCUGCUCCUCAACGAGCUGAGGGCGUGUCAGAAGUUCGGCCAGUGGUCGGUGGCCCUCGGCUUAUGGGCAUCCGGGAAGAGCCCAACAGGGACUCUGCCAGCCAACCUCGUCAUCAGCGCCUGCGAGUCGACGGGGGAGUGGGAAAUGGCCCUGGCUUUCCUUGCCUGCAUGCUGGACCAGGCUCUGGAUGUGGAUGUUGUUACUUGCACCAGCAUCAUAAGCGCGUGUGAGGUGAAUGGCCACUGGAAGGAGGUGUUGCGCAUCUUAGACCUUAUGCCCCGACUCCGCGUCAGUGCCAACCAGAUCACGUGGAAUUCGGCCAUCAGCGCCGCAGAGAAGGGCAGUCGCUGGGAAAUGGCCAUGGAGCUCCUCGGACACAUGGCCCACGAGCGCGUGGCAGAUUGCAUCAGCUGCAGCAGCACCAUCAGCGCCUGCCAGAAGGGCCGAGUAUGGCCCCGAGCCCUUGAGGUGCUCCUGUCCAUGCCCAGCCAGUCCUUAAAGCCCGACAGCAUCUGCUGGAGCAGCACGCUGCUGGCGGUCGCCCAGGGGGCCGCUUGGGCAGCUGCCCUGGAGCUCUUGGACUUCAUGCGCCAGGCGCGCACGCAUGAUCUCGUGAGCGUCUGCAGCGGAGCAGAGGCUUGCCACCAGGCGCACGAGCAUCUCCACGUUGCCCGGCUUCUGGCGCCCACCGCGCAGAUGUGCUGUCGGCAACUCUUCGACUCGAGACCGCGAGGACUGUGA